UUCUGUAUCCUGUAGUGAAUAACUGAGUGUCGCGUGGGUUUCUCCAGGAGUUGCAGUGUGGUCUCAGUCUGCGUGUACAGCUUGUUUUCUCUGGGCUGAUCUUCAGUGAAGUGCAGCAUGAGCUUCAUCACCUUCACCUGCUGCUCGACAGAAACACAAGAGAAACAGCCGCGCGAGAGCGCUUCCUCUCGGCCGAUCAAAGGCGCGUCUGUGCAGCUUUAACUCAGAUGAGCAUCACACUGCCGCAGAAGAGCCGCUUCACUUCUCAUUGUCUCUCUUAUCUUCCUCCAGGGUCUGCAUGGAGAUCGUUUCUGUGCACGUGAUUCUUCAGCAGAUGCUGUGAUGAAGGAGUGAAAGUGAUGGCAUCUUACCAUAGCUUGGACGAUGACGCAAUGGCUUUGAUGGUCCACGACACGAACGCGGUGAAGAAAGAAGAGUUCGCGAAGGACGCGCCGCUCCAGGAGCCGAGCUCGGAGAAGGUGGAAGCGUCUCAGAAGCCGCCUUACUCCUACGUGGCUCUGAUCGCCAUGGCCAUCCGGGAGAGCGCGGAAAAGAGACUGACCCUCUCCGGUAUCUACCAGUACAUCAUCACCAAGUUCCCCUUCUACGAGAAGAACAAGAAGGGCUGGCAGAACAGCAUCCGACACAACCUGAGUCUCAAUGAGUGCUUCAUUAAAGUUCCGCGUGAAGGCGGAGGGGAGCGCAAGGGGAACUACUGGACUCUGGAUCCGGCCUGCGAGGACAUGUUCGAGAAGGGCAACUACCGGCGCCGGAGGCGCAUGAAGCGGCCGUUCAGACCGCCAGCGGCUCACUUCCAGCCGGGCAAGGCUCUCUUCGGCGGGGAGGGAUACGGGAGCUUCCUCCCCGCACCCAAGUAUCUCCAAUCCGGCUUCAUGAACAACAGCUGGCCGCUCGCGCAACCGGCGCCGCCGAUGAGUUACGCGUCCUGCCAGAUGGCCAACGGCAACAUGAGUGCCAUGAAAGGGCUGUCAGGUCCGUCUUACAACCCCUACAGUCGAAUGCAAGCCAUGGGCCUGCCGAACAUGAUGAACUCGUACAGCGGGAUGGGGCAUCACCAGCACCCGGCGACCCCGGCGGCUCAGCAGUCCUCCCCGGCUCCGUCCAACUCCGCGUCCGCUCUACAGUUCACCUGCUCCCGCCAGCCGCCGGAGCUCUACUCGUACUGGGACCACGAGCUCAAGAACUCCUCGUUGCACUCGCGGAUUGACAUUUGAACCGAGGGAACGCGCGAAGGGGACUUGGAGCGUGGUGUGUUCUACGCAUCCGGUAAGGUAAACAGGGUGAAGAACAAACACUGACCUAAACUAUCUCGGUCCCCACAGAUGUUCUGGACUGCAUGGAUAAAGUUUUUCUUAUUCUCUAAAUUAGUAGUUUUUGAUGUGAUCGCUUCAGGAUAAAUGCGUUUUACGACGAAAGUGCCUUCAGUUUCCUGAUCGAAAAUUCAUUUGAGGACAGAACAGAAGGAAAAGCAUUGGCGAGGUUGUUACUGUGAUUUUUACAUUUGGAUUGUCAAACCAGCACUUAUUAAUUUGCAUUCAAUAAAUUUUGUUUUUGAUUAAAAUGUCUUCGACACUCGAUCACUUAAAAAAAGUGUAAUGCAUGCGCAAUGUAAAAAGAUUUUAAAAUCCAUGCAAUCUUUUUAUCGAUCCAAAUGCUCUUUAUGUGUGUAUAUAUACAACAAGGGUUCUUUAGAUUAUUAAAAUAUUCUUAACACUUGUUUCUUUAAAGAAAUGUUCUUUGAGCAACCCAAAAUGAAAGCAAAAGAAAAGCAGCCCUUUGUUUUUAAGAGUGUAUUCAGCCAAAAUGUGUGUUUUUUAUGCUGAAACUAAUCUUUCGAGUCAUGUAGAUAUGGAAAGAUCAGAAUCACAGAUUUCAAUUGGUUAACUAUUAUUUAUUUUUCAAAUCAAGAGAAAGAAACUAGUUGUGAGAAGGAUCAGUUAUUCUAAAAUAUGCCCUAUGUCCAAAGAAAAUAUAAUUAUUACAUCAAAACGCGCUUUAAAAUAAUGAGAAAAACACUCGAUUAAAAUAAGUGCUAUUCCUGCUUCUGGACAGAUUUGAUUCUGAUGAUGAAUCAGUGUAAAUGUGAUUGUAAGCCCGUGAUCUGAUGAUCAGUUUUAUUCGGUUCCGUGUAAACUAACAGACGAAAAUAAACUCAAAUCAUCAAAUCUAUCAGUGUUUAUUGUUCUGACACGAUCUCUGGGAAGAAAUUAAACUUAAUCUUAUAGUUCUUGUUCAAAUAAAUGU